GGGCGGGACUGUUCCUCUUUCUGUCUACCUACCGACCCGUGCAGGCAUUCAGCAUCCAACCUCCCCGCACAUGGGACACACCCCGCUUCAAAUCUCUGCUGGCGGUUUGUCGCUAGCGCUGCGCCGCUCGCUCGCUCGCUCGCCAGUUGAGAAGCAGAGACAGACAGACAGAGACAGACAGAGAGAGAGAUAGGAACAGACAAGACGAGACAAGACAAGAAACCCCGCCUCGAUGGCCCGUCGUAUCGUGCGCCUGAGUACCACCGCCUGUCAGACAAGCCAGUCAGGUUCGCUAGCGGCAAUGGCGGGAUGGGAUGGUCGGGUGCUCUCUGUCUCUGUCACUCUACGUCUCUCUGGGGGUGGUUAGCGAUUCAUGAUGCCUGCAUGAUAGGAAGAACAACGAAGAAAGACCUGGGACCAUUGCGAAACUUGUCUAUGUGUUAUCACGAAAGUGUUCUAACUCAUUCUCCCUGCUCCUAGUUAAACCGAGCCAACAAUCACUAGAACAGAACCCCGAUACCAAACCCCAACCGUCUAUCAAAAUGUCCGAUACCGAGAACAAGCCUGUCGAGGAGGUUAAGCCUGACGCUCCUGCCGCCGCUGAGGAGACUAAGACCGAGGAGAAGCCCGCUGCUUUCUCCAGCUCAUCCGUCUUCUCCAUGUUCGGUGGUGGUGCCAAGAAGGAGAAGAAGGAGGAUGAGGAGCGCGGCGACACCUCUGGCAGCGCCAAGGCCCAGCGUGAGGCUGCUGCCGCUGCCGCUGCUGAGAAGGGCGAGGAGGAUGAGGCCCCCGAGUCUGAGGACGUUCACUUUGAGCCCGUCAUCCACCUUACCGAGAAGGUCGAGACCAAGACCAACGAGGAGUCCGAGGAGCAGGUCUUCAAGAUGCGCGCCAAGCUUUUCAAGUUCGUCAAGGAGGCCAGCGAGUGGAAGGAGCGCGGUACCGGUGACGUCCGUCUCCUCAAGCACCACGAGAAUGGCAAGACCCGUCUCGUCAUGCGCCGCGACAAGACCCUCAAGGUCUGCGCCAACCACUACAUCGUUCCUGAGAUGAAGCUUUCCCCCAACGUUGGUUCCGACCGCAGCUGGGUGUGGAACGCCGCUGCCGAUGUUUCCGAGGGUGAGCCCGAGGCCGUCACCCUCGCGAUCCGCUUUGCCAACUCCGACAACGCCAACGCUUUCAAGGAUGCCUUUAUCAAGGCCCAGAAGGACAACGAGGCUCUCUUCAAGGCUGCCGAGGAGGCCGCCGAGAAGAAGGAGGCUGAGGAGGAUUCCGAGGACGAGAAGGCCGAGUAGAUGUGUGGUCUAGUUUUGCAUGAAUUUGAAGUUGCUUUAGGGAAAGUUUUUCAACCACCCCGUUCUAUUUUCCGUUUUGCUAGGUGUUAGAGGGGACGAUGACAUUACUACCUCCAUGGGCUGGGCGAUGGAAUGAAUGAAAGGACCGCUACAGAAGUUAUGACGAUGAUGAUUCCUAGGCUAGAGAGCUGGUACAUGGGCAGCGUGUGCGAGAACAAAAGGUUGAAGUAUCCGACAUGAAAGCACUAUUCAGGUGUGCGUUUGACGAGAUUUCAAUAUACUGGUAACAUACUGCGACGGCCCUUUUGCAACUAUGGCUGGCAAGGAGGAUGAGGAUGGGGAUUACUCUUAAGGGAUCUAAAUAACCUUUAGCUUAACCAACAGUUUUAGAUAGAACAACUCACUACCCUUCACACCGA